AUGAAUAAUACGUUUAACCAAACGGAGAGCGGGAUCUUCUCCAACCGGACCGAGGAGAUCCUCAUGUGCUGUAACUUGUCGUCGGUGGUGACGGAUAAUGGCUUCACGGGGAGCGCACCGGACGAGAGGAGUCUAUUUAUCAUGAGAAUAGUUCAGAUCGCAGUGAUGUGUGUACUCUCCCUCACUGUAGUCUUCGGGAUCUUUUUCCUGGGCUGUAACUUGCUGAUCAAGUCAGAGGGGAUGAUCAACUUUCUGGUAACGGACCGGAGACCAUCCAAAGAAGUGGAAGCGGUCAUCGUCGGUGCGUACUAG